GCUGGCCGGGUGGCGGACACCAGGCCGGAAGGGGAUUGGCCCCCCGCCGCCCCCCUCUGACCCGGCUCGGGGGGCCGCCAACGCGACGGCCGGGCCCAGCAGGUCACGGGCGCGCCGGCAGACGCUCUCCAUCCCUCCUGGAGCCGUGGUCGGCAUCAUACCGAAGUUCGGUUGGCUGCUCUACGAGGGCUCCGACAACGAGGAGCUGGACUUUACGGUGGAAACUGAGUUCCUGUAUCGCUUUCCGUAUUCGUCGGAGACUCAGGUGGGAGAGAACAGGUACGACGAAAGCUACGACCAUGGACUGGACACCGACGGAUGGUUCGCCAUCCACCGACAGAAGAGAAUGAUCCGAGACAAAGCCGUCGUAUAUAAAGGCCUCGCCAAUGUGUUCAACAGGCUCGGCCUGGAGGGCAAGGCCUGCCUGCUAAAGACUGUCUGCGAGAUCGCCGGCAGUCCGCUCCUCUAUGACGGCCUGAUCGGCGAGCUGCUCAACAUAGCACUGAUACCCAGUCACACGGUGGACGGGACGCCAGACGAGCUGGACGAGUAUCGUCAGGCCGAGCAGCUGGGCUCGUCGGGCCGCGACUGCCGAGCCGCCUUCAGCCCUUGCCCCAUCUCCCUCUUCCGGCAGAUCGGCGCUUGACCACUCGUCGGCACCAGCCGGCUCGUCGUGUUACCCCUGUUGGGUGUUGUUACGCUGUUACGUGAUGGUGUGGUAUGGUGUUUGUGAUGCGAUGUGAUGGCGUGAUCCCAUGGCAAGAUGAUUGGGCAAUUUGUUACUGCCCGGGAUUGUAGGAUUCAAUAAAUAUCACUGGUGUCUUGUGAGGAAAGUGCCGAGGGCGAUUAGGUCUUAAAUGUUUUGUAAAAGAGGCGGUGAAAUUUAUUGAAUUUCCCGUCCAAGGGCAGCAAGAUAACUUUCACACAUGUUUAAUUAACAAAAUGGAAUGAAGCUAUCAGGGACAAGAUACUUAUAAGAGUGCAGGAAAACGUUGUCAAACGGCAGGGCAACACAUCACACCACGCGCCUCAAAACCUGGAUGCCAGGCCUCUGUUUGCUCGCAAAGGUGUGGUACAACGCACGUGCCAUUUUAAUGCCGGGUUUUCCCCACUUGCUCGCGUACUGUUGCAUGCAGCGGAAGUAUAGUGAAACAUGAUUAAACCAGGUCGAUGGGAUCAGAUGAUUACGCACUUGAUCGACGCCGAGUCCGUGUCAGAGUGCUGUUACCUGACAGUGUCAUGAUGCGAUGCCGGAUGAGUGAUGCUGCCGCAGCCCAUGCCGGCCACUCUGACGCCAUGUUGAAUACCGAGCAGGAGGGGAGUUCCAGGACUGAUGUUGCAAAUGCCACGUUGCAUGAGGACUGAGUUCCAGGAAAUGAUGAAACGGUCCUUGGUAUAUGGAAUCGU